UGUACCCACAUGGCCUCCCCUCUUCUUGGUCACGUUCAGGAGUUCAUCUGGCAAACUCCUCAUGAGCAGAGGAAGGUGUGACUGUGGUGCCUCCGACCCCCAGAUGUCCUCGGGAAUGAAGGCCAUUGGGGUUCUCGUGGUCUUUGCCUCCUGCCUGAUGGCCCCUGCCCACAGCAGCUUCUGGCAGUUUCAGAGGAUGGUCAAGUACAUCACGGGGCGGAGCGCCUUCUUAUCAUAUUACGGAUAUGGCUGCUACUGUGGCCUUGGGGGCAAAGGGACCCCCGUGGAUGACACUGACAGAUGCUGCCUGGCACAUGACUGCUGCUAUGAGAAGCUGAAGCGAUUCGGCUGCCAGCCUGUGCUGAACAGCUACCAGUUCCACAUCGCCAAUGGGUCUGUGGCCUGUACAUGUGCCCUCAGUCCCGGCGUCAGCUGUCUCUGUGGGCUGCGGGCAUGCGAGUGUGACAAGGAGUCUGCGUACUGCUUCAGAGAGAGCCUGCCCACCUACGAGAAAACCUUCAAGCAGUUCUCCACCCGGCCCCACUGUGGGAGGCGUAAACUCCAGUGCUAGGCAGCCACAGGCCCCUGGCCGGUCAGCAUGUGUUCCGGAGUCACCCUCCCGGGAAGCCUUCUCAUGCCGUCCCCAACAGGCUCCAAUGGUGGCUGCAGCCACCAUUCAGCACAGGGCCUAGGGUACUCCUUCAUCACUCGACACCAGAGGGCUGCAGACCAGCAAUGGAAAAGAUAAGACCCUGGCACGCGAGGGAGGGAGACUGCCCGUUCACAUGUACACAAAUAAAUGAUGCUUUCUGCUGGUAGUAAGUGCUAAGAAGCAGUACAGCAAGGUGACAGGGUAGAGAGACGUUCCCAACCCCCAUCUGGGAAUUCCCAGGAGGGCAGAGGACCCAGGAUCUGCCCUAAACUCCCCCUCCGCCCCCACCCCAAAAUCAGGAUGCAGGGCGGACUUGGGAAUGGGGCACACGACCCAGAUCCAGCCGGGGACAGAACAGGGACCCUGCAAAACAGGGAUCCAGCCAAGGAUCCGAGAAGCAUGCUUUGGACUUUUUUCUCAUUUGCUUGGGUUCUGCUCUCUGAAAUCCCUCCGGUGGCAAAAAUUAAGGCCACUUUCACCUCUCAAGAGACAGAGCGUGAGAACAGCCACAUCCACUCCACGUGGAUGUCGGGGCCAGGAAGACGUCAAAAAAUUGGGGAAAGAUGGCCUCGGAAGAGUGCGUCAGAGGGACCCGAAAUUUCCAUCCGAGUUCAGGAGGCCCUGGAGAUAUCAGACUUCGAUGCUAACGAACACCAAAGUCACCUGACGUGGGCGGAUUCUGUUCUUUGUCACGCCCACGUGGCAUGGUAGGUUGCAAAAUCGGCCGCACAGUUGUCCUCUCUGGAGGCUAUGCCUCUCUGUAUCCUCGCCUCUCGUGAAAGGAACGCUCGGCGUUUCCCAUCAGGAAGUAGAGUCUGCUCCUCCCAGUGGUUGAAUCUAAACUCUGCGCUGACCUCGUGAAUUACUUUGGUCGACGGAACGUAGUGGAACGUAUGAAUGGUCGGUCUGCCAGUUCCCGAGCCCAGGCCUCAGCCCAGGUCUCAGGACAUCUGGCGCUGCUGAGAACAAGCCUGGGCUGGCCCGCUGGCAGACAGGGGCGAGAGUGUCAGUCCGGCUGUCUCAGCUCAGACCUCAGACGUGUAAAAGCACCCAGCCAAGGUCAGGCACGCCCACUCAUUGCCGACCAUGACCCACGAGAGAAGCUAGCUGGAACCAAGGCAACCGCCCAGCUGACCCCAGGCUAAGUGGCCGAUUGCCGAACUGUGAGCUGCAUAAAGGCUGCCGUUUUAAGUCACUCAGUUGUGGUGUGGUCUGUUAUACAGUUAGUACUCGCCGGUCUUCGUUCACGGCUUGCUGAGAACUGUGACCAGUUCUCCGCACUGCGCUGCACGGGGAGGCCACAAAACGUUGUGCACGUGGCCCCUGCCCCUCACCUUGUAGGUCUGGGAGGAGAAAGGCUGUGAUCAAAUAUAAUAAAGACAAACGCACAAAGGGCUGUAAUCACACAGUCAUCCAACAGACGUUUAUUGAGCCCCCACUACGUGUCAGACACAGUGCUGGGCAGUAACGAUUCAGAGAUUUAAAGAAAACAAACCACAUCAGGUCUGAAUAUCCUGGGGAGAACUUCGAGAGCCAUAGCAGCUUUUAGAAGUUCAAGUUCAGACACUUACAAUCUGGAUUGGGUGAUGCUGUCACUGAUGUGAGGACAGAAAGGGAAGCCACGGGCAGGUGGUCAGCAGAGGGUCUGGGAGCCAUGGCUCCUGGGCUCUGCUUUGCUCAGCUGGCAGAGUCCAGUGGUAAAUUCGUCUGCCUUUCCUUCCUCCCUCCCUCCCUCCUCUCUCCCUUCCUUCCUUCCUUCUUCCCUUCCUCCCUCCCUCCUCCCUUCCUUCCUCCCUCCCUUCCUUCCUUCCUUCCUUCCUUCCUUCCUUCUUCCC